UUCUGCUUAUUCUCAGCACGGCCAAAACCCAGCAAAAAUGGCGUUAAGGGGAACGAUGCUACGAACCGCCGGGAAGUUCGCCGGCGUGAACUCCAGUCUCCGACGAUUUGCCCACAUCACUUCCCGUCCGGCGCCUCUAGAUAGCGUGGUUGAUCGGCCGACGGCGACAUCACCGUCGUUGGUUUUACCUGAAAAUGAGAAUAACAGCAAUAUGUUUCCAAAUUCACCUUUCAAUUGGGGGUCCAUGGAGCUUAUGGCUGUCCCUAAGAAGAAGGUUUCUCCUCACAAGAGAGGCAUAAGGAAUGGACCAAAGGCUCUAAAACCCGUUCCAGUGAUUAUUCGUUGCAAGGCUUGUGGUCGAGUCAAGUUGCCACAUUUCUUUUGUUGCAGUGGGAUUAAGCAAAACCCUGGUGAAGAGAACAAUUCCACCGGUUGAUCAAAUCGAAGGGAUUAUUUUCUUCAUUUUCAAAUCCCUUUCUUUGUAGUAGAAUCUCCGGUUAGAAACUAGGAAGGCUACGUUAUAUCAUGCCGGCAUUGUGUACAAUAGUGUAGUCAUUGCAGCAUGUACUCAAAUUCUAUAUCAGUUGCUUUAUUUCACUUCAAUUGGUGACAAGUAAAUCUUGCCAAAUAAUAAGAAUUGGAGACUAGAAAGCAUACCA